UCUUGGGACUGGAAACAACCUGAAUCUUUUGUGAUCUUUGGUGUAUGGCAACCAACUAUCACUCAGUCCAGCUUGUCUGGGUGGCAAGAUAGACUGGAGUGCCCAAGGGGACUGUCUGGGACUCCAUGGUAAGAUUGUUAUAGUGCUUCAGGAGUUCACAUUUGUUACUGAGUUGGUGAAAUUUAAUUAUUGAACAUACAACCGGUUUGGGGUGUUUGUCUGCUUUUUGACAGUCUCCCCUGAGGUUGGCACUCAUGGUCAUGAACCACUCCAGAAGCAUGACACCUCCCCCUCUGAUCCUGCUGCUAGAGGUAGAGAGCUAUAAAGCUUGCCUAGGUUGCAGGACUCCUGAAAGAGCAGUCAAUUUUUCUUUCUUUUGCUAAAUGCUAACUCUGGUCACAGAACAUCUGAUUAGGCAGGUUUGCAGCCCUUUCUCCAAAGAUAUGCCAUCUUAGAUGGCUUUCUCUUCAGUUCUGCCUGAUCUGAUCAUAAUAGCUCUUAUGUAACCCAGACCUUCCUCUAGCUCUCUUAUCCUGGUUUUAAUUCCACAGUGAGAUAUGUGGAUUCUGGCACUGAUCAUAUAGCAAGACAUCUGGGGACAGAAGUGCUGAUCUUAUUUUAUUCUAAUUUCAUGCAGAGAGUAAAUCAAUGAGAGCUCAAAUCAACCCUUUACUACUUACAAUGCGGUCUGGUGGACAGAUGCCCGUGACUCAACCUGUCUAAAUGAAUCUUUUAACAUGAAAAUGACACCGUUUACCAUUGGGAGAAGGGGGCCAGCAGUCAUUAUUUUCCUAAGACUUUUCAUAGUUUGGUGAUCUCCACUGGGCACCUCUAGUGACAAAAAGUUCCCCUCUGCCCUGCACUGGGGAAGUGGAUGUCUUCUGCUCCCUUGUAAACAUGUCACCUACCUCUUUCUUCACUCCAUUAGGUCCUGCUCUGUAUUCCCACCUAGCUUUCCCAGCUGCUUCCCUCCCACUCACUAAGGCAAGGAACUAGACAGCAUGGCUCUUUCUUCUUUCAUGUUCUUUAGGAUUGGGCUCCAGGAGCCUGGAUGGGAUGGGGUUUAAACUAAGUGACUUCUUCCUGCCCUAGAAAUUUGUCUGAGUCAUGGCACUCCUUGAAAUGUGAAGACAUAUCAAUCCAUGUAUCUAAUCUGUGUCUAAUGCAAUUCCUGUCUAUAAACUGAUGAAAUCUCCAGGGAAAUCAAGACAAAAAGUAAAAAGACUAUCAUACUCCCCUGUAUUUCCCCCUUCCUGAAAUACACAAGAUAUCUGAGGCUCCAGCCUUCCUCUGAGUACUAAAGAUGUCCUUUGUAGUUCGUUGGGUUUCUUUUCUUUAUCUUCAACAACGGCAGCCUGUUGUCAACAAGGUUAAACAAACAACCCGCGGAUAAAAUGACUUCCAGGUCGCUCUUUCCAAGGCCAGAGUUUACAGGCUGUUUUGCUACUGGUCUCUUGCUCCAGACAAGGGGUGUGUGUGUGUGUGUGUGUGUGUGUGUGUGUGUGUGUGUGCGCUCUUUGGCAAUGACACCUGUCAUAUAGUUUUGCCUGAUUACAUCUGGGGCCUUGGUGCCAUGGUACGGGCUAGGUUAAUGACUUUGUUUAUACUGUUUGGGUAAUCCAGAUAAGAAGGCAACUCAAUCUGUCAUCCCAAUCCUGUCCCAUCCUCCUGGUCCCAGCUGGCACUUUCAUUGAGAAAACUCUUAUCAGCACCACGUGGAGGCCCCACUUCCCUAGCCAAUCAGUCCAGGGUCGAGUUGUUUUUCAAUGAAUGCUGCUCAGUCAAAGAGAGGUCAAGGCUGCUAAGGGGGUGUUUCACUCAUCACAGAGUCUUAUAAAUAGAGCAAGGAAUAACAGCCAAGGAGGUGAGAAGGGCUACUGAGCUGGGAGAAGCAGGCUGCAGUCAGAGAGCUUUGAUUGAUACAGCAGCAUUUGCAAGGGACUGGUCGUGCUCACAGAUCCAUCUGGCCAGGUGCACAAGAGUUUCAUCCUCCUUGGGACCUGACAGGAUCCGCUUGCCAGUCUCAGCAAUGACUACAUGCAGCAUGGACCUGGACUAUGAGAGGUGCCAGUGCCAAAGUGAGGAGAACCGAAACGCCAUCCUCUAUACUCUCCUGAGCCAGAACCUGAACCACAACUGGGGCAGCCAUAACCCAUCCCAGCAGCGCUGCCUGUGCCAGAAACGUCGCACCGUCUGCCUUCAAACACCCCAGGUCACCUGCCAGGCAGCCUCUGAUGUCCUUGUGAAAACGGUCAGCUUCAUGAAGAACCUGCCCUCCUUCCAGCUGCUUCCCCGGGGAGAUCAGUUGCUGCUUCUGGACAGCUGCUGGGCUCCCCUCUUCAUUCUGGGGCUGGUUCAGGAGAUGGUAACAUUCGAGGUGAUAGAAACCCCAGCCCCUAGCAUGCUCAAGAGGAUUCUCCUUGAUGGCCAGAGUAAGAGACAGGAGCCUGAGAGGACACAGCCCAGCCUAGCCGGGGUGCAGCGGCUGCAGUGCUGCCUUAACACAUUCUGGAGCCUGGACCUGAGCCCUAAGGAAUAUGCUUACCUGAAAGGAGCCAUUCUCUUUAACCCUGAUGUCCCAGGUCUCAGGGCCUCUUUGUACAUUGAGAGCCUCCAACGGGAAGCACAGAGAGCGCUCCGAGAAGUCCUAGUGCCCCUCCACCCAGAGGACAAGGGCCGCUUUGCCCGCAUCUUGCUGAUUGCCUCCACCUUGAGGUCCAUUCCUCCUGCACUUAUCACCAAUCUCUUCUUUCAACCGAUCAUUGGCAAUGCAGACGUUAUUGAAGUGAUCACUGAAAUGCUAUACGAAAUAACCAGCAGGCGACUGACUCUUUCAUCACACACAGUUUCCUAAGAGAUCCGAUUCAGCGGCCACUCUCACAUGCACCUCCUGAGGAUUGAGUUGAGUUUCAAGGGACGGUAAUGUUAAUCUGGGAGUGGGGAUUUAGUGAGAAAGAUACUGUGGACUUGCAGACACCUGGAUUUGUGUUUAUAUUUCACUUGGGCUCAGGCAACAGCUUGAGCAGUUGAAAAUCUCAGCUAAGGCACAAAACAUUUAAGAAUGUAACUCUUAUUUAGCAUUUGUUUACAGCAGACAUCAGCCCCUGUACAUACUGGACUCAUAAAGCCAAGUCGUUUCUGAAGUGUGUGUGAUGCUACUAUUUCACUGCACAGUAACGUGAAUAAAGCAUGACCAAUGUCCUUAAAACAUUCCAUACAAAAUAAUCCUCUGCGCUGACAUUUUCCCUGAGAAAUAAUCCGGUCAGAGAAGCACUUAUCUGAGAAAGGAGGGGAUUGAAACCAGGGCUUUGAACUAAAUGGAGUCUUACCAUUUUAAAGGAUAAAAUUGCCAUAGAAAGCCUCUGUUACACACACAUAACCUGAUCUUUAGAUGUGCUCAGCCCUCACUCUGCCUGCCAUGCUCAAUGGAUUCUGUGGGUACUUAGCACCUUUGAAAACAGGCCUGCAAUACACAACACAUUGGAUUAGAGCAUGAUCCAAAUUUUGUGAUUCAGGGUCAAAUCUCAGCCCUUUCUGCCAUUGAUUUCAGUGAGGCCAGGAUUUCACCAUCACAGUCUAUGCAUACAUACGGGCCUAAUUCUGCAAACUGUAGUCACGCUGAGCAGUACUGAGAGUGAAUGGAAUCAGUGCUACCAAGUAUUGUGGAAUCAGGCCCUUAUAUAGUACCUGUGUGCAUAUUGUGUGACUGGUUAACUAAGUGCCUGGGAAUCUUAGAGAAGUAGCCAUAAAACAUCUAUCCCUGUUUCAAACAGACAGUAUUAAGAAGAGGUAGGGCUGGUGAGCUUAUGUCCAUUUGUGUAACAGUGAGUGAUACCUAGAUACACGCUAUAGAGGAGGAGCUGCAAUGGUUGCACAGACCAUUCUGUAGCUGAGUGUCUGCUUCCUAGACUACUGGUUGCUCCCGCCCCCAUACUAGGUGCUGAUCUACACAAAGAAAACAGCCUUUGCACAGAGUUCAGACAUCAGUAUUUUGUGAGUGGAUGUUAGUCUGUGAUUUGUAUAUAAAAUUCAGUAAAUUAUUUUUUUUAAAUAAAAUGUAUUACAUUUUAGAAAAUGGUGGUUCUGUUU